CCGCUCAGUGCCUAAGGUCUGCGCUCAACGGAUUCUGUGCAACACAAGGGGUGGACGCUGCAUCAAAUCCGCUCAACACCUCAGAAAUGUGCCUAACGGAUUUUGGCCAAAAAAAAAGGGGGGUGCAUGCGCUGCCAAAUCUGCCCAGCUCAUCAGAAAUGCGCCCAGCGGAUUUUGGCUGAAAAAAAAAACACUUUCAAAAGG